CUCUUUCUCUGUUGAGGAUCACACUUUCUUAAUUUUGGGCGCUGGAUAAUUAAUGCCACUGUUAUAAUGUGUUUUGACAUUUUAGCUCGCACACACAAGUCAUAUUUUAUGGUAGGCCAAAGAAAAAAAAAUCAUAGUUUUGGGGUGUGUCUUUUGGUGGAGGAAUGCUUGUCACCUACUCCUUUUAAGUUCCCAAUUCCUCCAAAAACACUCUUGUGUGAGACACCACAACAAGAACAACAACCGAUAACAAUAACAACAACGUUAGAAGAAGAAGUAGAAGUAGUAGUAGAAGUAGCAGUGGUGGUUGCUCCUCAUGGACAAUAGACACAAAUGCAAGCUUUGUUCAAGGUCUUUCAGCAAUGGCAGAGCCCUCGGUGGUCACAUGAAGGCUCAUCUCGCUUCUCUCCCUCUUCCCCCAAAGCCUCAAACUUUAACUCACUCCUCCUUCACUUAUUCCUCUUCCUCGGACUCUGAACAAGAACACCUCAAAGAACAAGAUUCUCUUAGUUACGCGCUCAGGGAGAAUCCUAAGAAGACCUUCAGAGUAACGGAUCCUGAAGACAGAGAGAGCGAGACCGAGUCAAAGAACCCAACUCGCCAGCGAUCCAAGAGGAACCGGAAAUCCGCCAUGCUCAAGCUCAGCUUCGUCGUCUCCACGCCUCUCAUCACCGAACCCGAACCUGUCAGUUCAGUCUCCGACACCUCCCCAGAGGAAGACGUCGCCAUGAGCCUCAUGAUGCUCUCCCGCGACACGUGGAACGUAGUCACCAAUGCAGGUCCACCGCAGAGAUCAAAGAGGCGCUGCACGGGAUCAGAGUCCAAGCUCAAGAAACUCCGCGGCAAGUGUCUCUGUCACACUUGCGGCAAAGCCUUUCGAUCCUCUCGAGCCCUGGGGAGUCACAGAACCAUUUGUUGCCGUCAAGAGGAAGCUCAACCUCAAACUCAAACUCAGAAUCAAAACAACAACAACAAUAGUAUUAAGGUUUUCGAAUGUCCCUUUUGUUACAAGGUUUUCGGCUCUGGUCAAGCUCUGGGUGGACACAAGAGAUCUCACCUAAUCCCUUCAUCAUCUUCAACCGUUAACGAUUCCCUUAAAUUCAAACAGACUUUCAUAGAUCUCAACAUGCCGGCGCAGCCGGAAGAGGAUGACCUUAGUGUUGUCUCUGAUGCCUGAUUUUCAUAUCUUUAAUUGUUUAAUGUUUAGUUCCUGCUGCUAGAGUGAUUUUUUUUGUUUUUUAUAUAAAAGUGGCUGAGAAUAUUUCCUUAUGUUUAUUCAUAGAUCAAAUGCUUUUGAUUCUACAAUGGUGGCCUGAGUAUAAGUUAUGUGUUUGUUCUUCUUCCUUUUUUUUUUCACUUUUGUUUGUAUGAACAGAGUUAGUUAUAACUUACACAUGGUGAAUUACUAGUUAACAGGUGUAUUUUAUUGGAUUGUACACAACUUGGUUCAUGGUACUACUAAUCUUAAACAUAGUUUCAAUGCAAAUUUGUGAUGUGGUUGUGGACCAA